CUUGAAACAAGAAUUGACGAUUAAUUUGACUAUGUAGGCAUUGGAUGCUAUUACUUAUGGUCACACGUUGCAAUUAUUGACAAAAUUGGCCUCAUCCACUGGUUUCCAGAUGCAAUAUACCAAGGAUUAUACUUCCCUAUAAUCAAGAAUUUUAUUUUACUGCCUAAACACAUAUCUCAAGGAACGAACUACAUGUUAAUUUAGCCAUAUGAAGUUUGAAGUUUGAAGUCGAUGUAUCAUCCAUCCAAACAAUACGCCACAUCACCCUGUAGUUCUCUGUGAUAAACUCUAAAGAUGAAUCCAAGCCUCAUAAAAGAGAGGGAAGCGUUUUUGAAGAGAGCCAUGGCCAUUCCUGUUGUCGAAAAACCAAAGUCUAAUUAUUCUGGUGCUUCAGAGGAAAAAGGUGCUGUGACUUCCGUACACCGCCGUGGACCUCCUUUAGUUUCUGCUGUUUCCGAAUUGCGAUCUCUCGAACUGAAGCCUCAAUUGCAAGGGAAGUUUGCUGUUUUAUCUCGAAUAGUAAAGUAUAUGAAGCAACGCCAUUUAGAAGGUGAUACACAUCCAUUAUCUGUAGAAGAAAUUUUGGAAGAAGCUGUACUUCAUGACACACCACCUGCUACCGUAAAAUGGCUAGAGGAAGAAGCUCUACCAAAUAAUCCCAAAAUCCGUGUUACCACGGAUGCAAAAUUCGUAUUUAAACCGAGAUAUGAUAUUCGUACCCGCAAGGAUCUUUACCAACUUCUCCGUCGUCAGGAGUUGAAAGGUUUGGGAGGGAUUUAUCUAGAUGACUUGACUGAAUCUGUUCCUGAUGUUGAAAAAAUUCUCAAUUUUGCACAUUUUGGGCCCAUAUUUCUUUGAUUUUUUUACUUGAUCAGAGUUUUGGUGACCAUGUGAUUCGUAUUGUCACACCGCACGAUAAGAAAACUGUCUUGUUUUACAACGACAAAUCAUUCGAUUUGAAUGUGGAUGAAGAAUUUAAGCAACAAUGGCGGUCGGUGAGUGUGGAGGGUGUUCAUGAAACAAAAAUUGAAGAGUAUUUAAAGCGUAAUGGAAUCUCUUCAAUGUCUGGUGAUCGUAAAAAUUUUAUACCUGUACAAAGAAAGAAACCAGGACAAAAACGCACCAUGAAUCGUUCAGUUCAUAUUAAAGACAAUGAACAUGUGAACGGAAUUUUAGAAGACUUUUCUGAGAAACUAGCCAAAACUUCUUGAUCAAUUUUUAUAAGUAACAAUGUACAGUGACUUUACAUGUAUAAUAAUGUUCACUUAUCCUUGAUGAUUUGUACAUUUUGUUCAUAUGAUUGCAUCCAAGCAUAAACCAGUAUGUGUUGGAUAUUUUUUUUUGACAUGUUUAAGAAUAAGGAUUUUUUAAAUAAAAAAAGAUGAUAAAAUAUUUUCUGUACAAAUAAAGUCUGCAAUUUUCUGAAAGUCUUCCCUUGAAAUUUUGUACGAAUAGAGAUGCAAUUUUCUAAAUUUACUGGAAGGCUGGAAAGAUCUGUAACAAUGAAGUUUUUGCGAUCCUAUCAACAAAUUAUUUUUACUAUUGUGACAAUUUGUUAGCCACGAUACCUGACUUUCUCAAUCACAUUUUUUUAUUCAUUGUUUAAUUUCAUUGCGAGAACGCAACUGUCCACCCAUCAUAAACCUACCGUUAUUAAAGUUUUGACGCCUGCUGUUGAGCAAAAUCCGUAUUUAAUUUCUUUUCACUUGACAUAUUGGUAUGUGUAUUGUCGCCCAGUAGAUCUUCAGUAAAUAACACGCAUUUCGAAAGGUCUGAUUCAAGCUUAGGAUUUUCGAUGAUUUAUGUACCCUUAACGGCAAUUAAUAAACGUAGUACAACAGAAUGGCUUAUGAAAACCUACUGGAUGAUAGUUCACCUAAUGGGAUUCACAAAAAAUAUGAAACACUUAUGUUAAAGUGUGUUCUACAAGUAAAAAUUAAAGUAACUUGAAGAUAUCCUCUACUAUGAUUCUUAAGUCUAACGUUCAUAUUCUUGUGCUUAAAUUAGCUGUUCUUCAAAACUUGUUCAUCCGUGUCACAUUCAAUCGCCAACAGCUUUUAGAAUUACAAAAACUUAUUUGUUUCAUGAUAGACGUUGUUCAAAACUUAUAUCCCUUGGUUGUUAAAACUUCUGUUUCUUAAUCAAUCGCGAAGCAGACAAUGUAGAGAAAUGUUUUCGCAUGUCCAGCAUCGUGUUGUUUUCUCAUUACACUAUGGUUCAUUUUCAAGAGCAUUACCUAACCAAUGUACAAAGUACAUCUUAUUUGAUAUCCUUUGAAGUCCUUGUGAAAAAUUAUCCAAUACGUGGUGAGGGUCUAUGAAUGGCUUAUUGGUUGGCUCGCUUUUGUAGUUUUUAUCAAUGUUAUUGUAUAGGCAGCCUUGACUAUAUCAU